AUGUUCAUGCGUCAACAACGCAUGAACUACUGCUUACCGUCCAGCACACGCCUCAUCCUCUCCUGCAUUGCCGCUGCUGAUGUUGGCUACCUCUCCUUCAUGCUCAUCUUUUGCCUUUUCCACACCAACAAACACACCCAGUGGCCUGUCGCCUUCGCCCUCCUCUACUGCGGAUUCAACAUCUUCGAAAUCUUUCGCAAUUGGCUCCUCAUUGCCAUGUCAUUCGAACGCUUCCUCUUCUUCCUCAAACCAGUCAAGUUUAAGCUCCUGUGGAGCCUCAGUCAUGUGCGCAUCAUUGUCAUUUGCAUAGCAGUGGGGUCAGUGAUCUGCCGAAUUCCCGACAUGCUGCUUGCUGCAGCACUGAUAUGCCAUCCACUACGGAGUCAGCUCAUUCGAACGUCGAAACUUGUGCACAUUUUUAUGGAUCUGCUAGCUCUUGCAUGCCUGCCCAUCGUCCUGAUGCUUGUCUUCUCCUUCCUCACCACCAAAACCAUCACUGACGUCAUGCACAAAAAGUUCUUGAGCAUGCAAGCAGGCACCCCCGUGAAGAAUGCACCAGACAACUCCAUUAAAAUUGUGUCAAUUCUGCGCAACGCGCUAAUCGUUUUUGUGAUCACAUCGCUGCCAGCAAUCCCCAGCAGCAUUCUCCGAACGUACUUGGUGUUGAAUGAGGUGAGAGAAAGCCACCUGAACACCGUGUCGGGUGUGAUGAACGGGGUUACAAACCUCCUCUCCAUUAUCAACUCUACCUCCAACUUCUUCAUCUACGUGUGUCAGAGCAGGCGCUAUCGAGGCAUACUGGUGGAGUGCCUGUGCUCGUGGUGUCACAAGGGGAAGACCUCCUGGAAACCCUUCACUCUCGAGAAAAACAUCGUCUCUCACAAUGCCUACGCGAAGCUCCCUUCCUCCUAUGUCCUCUCACAGCACGAGUGCCGCAGAAUCGGCCACACCGUCACGACAUUUCCUCACCAUGUUGGAGUCCUAUGUGCCAAAUCGAAGUCGCACUUCAAUCACGAUCAGGUCUCCUCCCUCCUGUCAGUCACGGAGGCGCAGCACUUGCUCUACCAUACCACUACGGUUGCCAGUUUCUUCAAGUCGACGGCACAAGAACAAUUGAGACGUUUGGGUGCUUAG